AUGGCUGUAAUGAGAUUCAUUAUCUUGGCACAAUCUCUGCUCUGGUCUCUAGCCUUUGCUGAUGCGUCGAACCUAAACCCCAAAGGUGAGGGCUGUGUCGACCCAAGUGGCUAUCUCCAAUGUUACGAGAACAAUGUGAACACGCUUGCAACAUGCAUGACUGAUGCGAAGGAUACUUGCGAGGGGGAUGUGUACUCAACAUGUGUACUGGCCUGCGGAAAUGCUCAGUUGGCUGCCAAUAUUGGCUGUUGGUUGAGCAGUUGCUGGAAUGAGGUCUAUUCAUGCGCAUACCAAGAGACGGCCCUCCAAUACCUCACUGGUGCAGAUCGGAACCAAGGCUCCCAAAUCCCUUACUAUCCUGCACCGGAUAAUGCGCCUGGUGGAUGCGGCUAUCUUUGGGGCAACUUCACCGAAACCUAUGCCCUCAAUGCGCCUUGCCAGAAAUAUGCCUCCGAUGGUUCUGUUUCCGAGACGGCUAGCUGCCAGUGCUGCUGGGAUUCAUCCUUCUUGUCUGAGUUUAUCGAAUGGUGUCCCAACAACGAUCUCUCCAUUAUUGAUAUCGACCUAAUGGUCCAAACCUUCCAGCUUGGCUAUAACGAGUCGGCUUCUGAUCAGUGCUCUAUUCUUUCUGAUCCUAGCGAAUGCGUCGCCUCUUUCUCCUUGGACACUGGCGCGUCUACGUGGUACAAUCCAGGCCAACUUCCCUCGGGCUUUCCUAGAACAGCACCUCUCUCAGAUACUACUGAUGCCGGAAGCCUUACCAUACCUCCAGAUCCGUAUACAUUCUCGAUCUUCCCAAGCUAUGUCACCGUCAUCACCCCAGCUCCAUACAACAAGAAAAAUGUGAAGCCAACAAACUCGGGAACUGCUGCUGGAACCAUUGCUGGAGCCACUGCUGGGACCGCUGCUGGGACCGCUGCUGGUACUGCUACGGAAAAGAGCACUUCUUCACCUAGUACGGGAGCUGCGAAGAACCUCGUAUCGCCUGUUAGCGCCGAUUUUGGUGUCUGGGGUCUAGCCAUGUACACAAUGGUCUGCGCUCUCCUUGGUGCAGCGUUGAUUGCAUAG